AUCGAAUUUUUGAUUACGAAAAGUGAUAAGAGAUGAAAAUUGUUAAAAUUUCAGGAAAUUGCUAAUUUCUUUCUACGCUUGCUUCAUAAAGUUAGGUUUGUUAUUUUCCAGUAAUUUCCAGCUCAGCGUUUGCUUUACAAUGGCUACCCCUACAAAUGGAACCGGCAAUCUAGUCGAUGAAUUUGAAGAAGCAUUUUUGUCAUUGAUGCAAGUUUUGGCCAAAGAAGAAGAGAAUUUCAACAGUCUGGAACGGGACGAAAAUCGUGUCGAUAUUGACCAAGCUUCAUUGAAAUUUCUCGAUAUAGCACGUCAGCUCGAAUCAUUCUUUCUUCAAAAACGUUUCGUUUUAUCAGCAUUAAAACCGGAAUUAAUCAUGAAAGAGGAAACGGCCGAAUUACGAUUAGAACUACAACGAAAAGACGAACUGCUGAAACGUCAUUACGAAAAAAUCAACGUUUGGCAAAACAUGCUCACAGACUUACAAAGCUACGCUAAAUCUCAAUCUGCCGGCAUAGGACACCCCAGUCCCGUACCAUCAGGUAGCGGCCAACCGCAAAUGAACAACGUACCUCCACCAACAGCACCGGGUCCAAUGCAGGGACCUCCAACACCUUCCAAUCCAGCUCUCUUAAACGCGAUCCAGCAACUCCAACAACAACAGCAACAGCAGCAACAACAACAACAACAGCAGCAGCAACAGCAAUUACAAAUGCAACAACAGCAGCAACAGCAACAGCACAUGCAUCAACAACAGCUUCAACAAAUGCAGCAGCAAAUGUCAGUCGGUAUACCGGGAAAUGGAGCCGGUCUCGGUGGUAAUGUUGGACCUCUGCUGUCUCCCCAACAAGCCAUGUUCAUGCAGCAACAAAACAUAGCCCAAAGAGCUUCUCCUUUUGGUAACCAAGGUACUGGAAAUGUGCUCGGACCUUUGGCUUUUUUGGAAAAAACCACAAGUAAUAUCGGAAUGCCUGAUGGUCGCAGGUGACGAGGGCGCGGGAGGGGGAGGGGCAGAGGUCGUGGUCGGGGCAGAGGAGAAUACGAUCCUUGCCCCUAAUCCCUCCUUUUCUGCUGUACAUAUUCGCUUAUGAAUACAGCAGCGCGCGCUUUUCAAUUAGCGAAUUUCCAGAAAUUAUUCCGUGUUCCCUUUCCUUUCCUUUCUGCCUUCCGUUCGAUUUUUCAUUAGGUUCAAAUUUUUUCAUAUUCGGAAAAUCUGAAAGAAUGGUCCGUCGGUCGACUGCGGAAGUUUUUAUUAUACUUAAUGGUUUGUACAGAGGAUUAAUGGUCUUGAAAUUUAAGACCGAUGUCUAAAUAAUUGAUUAUUGUACUAUAGGUAUCUCUUCUUGUUCAAGAAAUAUGCGCCGUUGCGCCGGAGUUCGAGAUGUUUGUACAUAUUUCAUUCGUAUAGCUUAGAUGUUUUUAUAUUAUAUUAUGUAUUUUGAUGGCCAAGUCAUUGUGUUAUAUUGUGUAUACUCUUACUGUAUAUAUGUUAUUUUUUCUAUUAAAAUAUAUUUAUUUCUUAACAAUAUUA